AUGGGUCAUACAACGUUUCUUCCAUCACUGAUGCUUCUGACCCUGCUCUCCAUCCAAACGACCUCAUCCCAAACAGCCGCAGCCGGGGUAGAUGCCUACCUCCAGCUGUCGCAGCUGGUCUACAGCUGUCCAUCCGUCCAGUUCAAGAUUCCACCGGUCAGUGAUAGGAGUGUGUACAUGACCUUUGAACCGGUCCAGAUCAUUUCGGUGAACGAGCUAAAUCAAGUGGUGGUCAUUUCGUUUCUUAUAACCCUGCGCUGGGACUCACAAGAAUGUUUGAGCAUGUUUGAGCUGGAUAUAUCCAGUAUAUGGGUGCCAUCUAUCAUUACACCUAAAAGUUCAGAGAAUGGCCUUUUAAGUUUCCCAAAUAAGGCUUUUUGCAUCAAUAAAUCAUUCUUGUAUUUUUCUUAUACAAUAGAAACAAAACAGAUUCAGAAAAAAAUUGCGUUUCAAGAUGGAAAAGAAAACAGAAAGAUCAUUACAAAAAUAAAUCUACAUAUUAAUGCCCUAAUGUUCGCUGCUAAACAUGGGCAUUGUUCAACUAUAAAAGAGAUAAUUGAUACAAGGCUUAGUUUAAAUUAUGUUGUUAUAAAAGCUAGAGGGAAUGCAUUACUGUUACCUCCUGAUAUGGUUCAUGUCAACAUUGCACAACUUUUAAAAAAAAUCGGCUAUGAUCUUAAUGCUGAGGACAAUAAUGGAUUGAAUGCGUUAAUGUUGGCUUCUCAGAAUGGUCACACCGAUGUUGUUGAGCUUUUAAUAGACAAUGGAUGUGAUGUAAAUGCUUCUAAUAACAAAGGAAACAAUGCUCUAAUGCUGGCCUCAGAUAGAGGACAUGAGGAAAUAGUAAAGCUGUUGCUUAUAGAAGGUAGCUAUAUUAAUGCUGUUAACAGUUAUGGGUGGAAUGCAAUAGUCUGGGCUGCCAUAAAUGGGCACGACAAAGUUGUACAACAGUUAAUCAAAAGUGGAGGUCAUGUAAAUGCUGCUGAUAAGGAUGGAAACUGUGCAUUAAUUCUAGCCUCUAAAAAGGGACAUGAAACUGUUGUACUACUUUUAAUAAAGAGCGGCUGUGCUGUAAAUGCUGCUAAUAAGAAAGGAAAUAAUGCUCUAAUGCUGGCCUCAAGAAGAGGACAUGAGGGGACAGUAAAACUUUUGAUUACAGCGGGUAGUAAUGUUAAUGCUGUCGACAAAGAUGGAUGGAACGCUUUAAUCUUUGCUGCUGCAAAUGGACAUGAAAAUGUUGUAAAGCUGUUAAUUAAUAGCGGCUGUAAAGUUAAUGCUGUCAGUUAUAAUGGAUUAAAUGCAUUAAUCUCUGCUGCCAAUAAAGGACAUGACGAAGUUGUACAGCUGUUAAUUAAUUGCGGCUGUGAUGUAAAUGCUGUCAAUUAUAAUGGAUGGAAUGCAUUAAAUCUGGCCUGUCAAAACGGCCAUGACAAGAUUGUAGGAUUAUUAAUUGAAAGUGGAUGUGAUGUAAACAUUUUUAACAAAAACGGACGUAAUUCAUUAAUGGAUGCGUCGAAUUGUGGGCAUAACAAUACGAUAGAAAUGAUUAAAAUUGGAUUUAAUGUACAUGAUUGUAAUAAAAAUGGAAGAAAUGCGUUAAUGCUAGCGUCUCAUAAUGGUCACACUGAUGUUGUUAAGCAUUUAAUAAUUAAUGGAUGUGAUGUAAAUGCUGCUAAUAAGAAUGGAACCAAUGCUCUAAUGCUGGCCUCAAGAAGAGGAUAUGAGGAGACGGUAAAACUGUUGAUUACAGCAGGCGCAGAUGUUAAUGCUAUUGACAAAAAUAAGAAGACCUCUUUAAUGUUUUCAUCACGUGAAGGGCAGAACGAAGUGGUACAACUGUUAAUUAACAGUGGAUGUGAUGUAAAUGCUGCCGACAAUGAUGGAUGUAAUGCAUUAAUUUUUGCUGCAACAAAUGGGCAUGAAAAAAUCGUUCAACUGUUAAUCAAUACUGGAAUUAAUGUAAAUGCUGUCGAUAACAAUAGACGGAAUGCUUAUAUGUUUGCUGCUGAGAGGGGACAUGAUAAUGUUGCAGGACUGUUAAUUGAAAGUGGAUGUGAAGUACAUGAUAAAGAAAGUGCAUUAAUGUUGGCCUCUAAAAAUGGACAUAACAAAGCUGUAAAACAGUUAAUUGAUAGCGGUUGUGAUGUAAAUACUGUCGACAAUGAUGGAAGGAAUGCAUUAAUUUUUGCAGCUACAAAUGGGCAUGAUAAAGUUGUACCAUUAUUAAUUAAGAGCUGCUGUAAUCUUAAUACUGUCGACAAUGAUGGAAGGAAUGCAUUAAUUCUUGCAGCUACAAAUGGGCAUGACAAAGUUGUACAAUUAUUAAUUAAGAGCGGCUGUAAUCUUAAUACAGUCGACAAUGAUGGAAGGAAUGCAUUAAAACAUUCCUUUCUAAACGGGCAUCACAACGUUGUCCAGCUGUUACUAAACAGUGGAUGUGAUUUUAAUGACGUGUAUGAUGAUGACUCAAAUGUAUUAAGGUUCGCAUCUGAACAAGGAUAUAAAAAUGUAGUAGAGCAGAUAAUAUAUCAGGGUGAAAAUGUAAAUGCUAUUAAUAAAUUUGGACGAAACGCUUUAAUGCUGGCUUCUGCUAGAGGACAUGAGAAAAUUAUUCAGCUUCUGAUUUCAGCUGGAAGUGAUGUAAAUGCAGUUGAUAUUUAUAGCAAAAGUGCAUUAAUGUUGGCGUCACAAAACGGGCGUUACAACGCUGUUGAAGUGUUAGUUAAGAACGGAAGCGAUGUAAAUUAUUUUGACAAUGAUGGAUUCAAUGCAUUAAUGAUUGCCUCGAUGAAAGAGCAUCUAAAUAUCUUUAAAUUGCUAGUAAGAAAAUCGUGUUAUUCUGAACGCUUUAAUGCAAUUCCAUUUAAUUUUUUUAAAAUGUGCUCACAAAUUCUGAAUGAUAGUGACAAGGACACACAAGAAAGCACUGUUGAUUUUCUUCUAAAAUUUGCUGAAAAUGACUCCAAGUUACUUGAAAAAGAAAUUACUGUACUGAAAAAACUUGAAAUAUUAAAACAACAUACUGAUGAAAUAUUACAAACAAAGAUUUCAUGCAUAAUGUGGCAUGUCAAUAAAUCUUCUCUUUGUUUGGAUUCAGAUUCAGAUUUGUAUCUUGCACCAUAUGUUCCAAAUGAUUGGAAGAAAAGCAAAACACAAAUUGGACAUGGGGCCAGUGGAAAAGUUUUUCUAGUAGACAGUAAAAGUCAUUUUACUGAUAAAAGACUCGCUGUCAAAGAAAUUUAUUUUACAAGCACAAACAUCUCAAAUUAUUUAAGUGAGGUGAAUAUUUUAAAGAAGUUACGUGAUGAAAGAAUUACAGAUUUUUACGGCUUUGAGAUCAAAGAAAAUGUUAUUUAUUUAUUUUUUGACUAUAUGCCACAGGGAUCCUUAUCUGGAUGCAUAGCAAAAAAUGGCCCUUUUGAUUCAACAAAAACAUUACACUUUACUAAGCAAAUAUUAGAAGGAGUCUCGUAUCUUCACAAUUUUAAACCACAGAUUAUACAUAGAGAUAUCAAAGGUGCCAACAUAUUGUUAAAGGAUGAAAAUAAUUUAAAGCUUGCAGACUUUGGUAUUUCUAAAUUUCUUGAAGAAACUUCACCAAAUACAACAGUUGGUACCCCCCACUUCAUGGCACCGGAAAUCAUUCGUCGUGACAAGGGAACUUCAUACACCAUAAAAGCAGACAUUUGGAGUGUUGGCUGCACAGUUGUUGAAAUUGCUACGGGGAAACCACCUUGUCCGGAAUAUGAGGUUUUCCAAGUUAUAUUUAGAUAUGGAAGAAAAGAAGGACCAGUUUAUGAAAUUCCAGAAAAUACUUCAAAACCUUUGAUACAAUUUUUAAAGAAAGCGUUUGACAUUAAACCUAAAAACCGACCAACUGCAGAUGAGGCUCUUGAAAUGUUGUUUUAAAAUGUGUUUGAAAUAAUUAUAUUGCUGCGUUAGAAUCACUUAAUAAGCAAUUAUAUACUUUUGUUUCAUAUUUAACUACUAUAUUUUACUACAUUUUUUGUAUUUAAAUAAAUGCAAUAAUCGUAUCAUUACUAUUUUUUGUUUUAAAUCAAUAUGUAUAAGAAUCGUUUUUAGUGGCUGCUGCAUUUUUGCUUGGUUAGUGUAUGUAAAGAUACUUAUGUGCGCGUUUUAAAUCGUUGGAUUGGGAUAUAAAAUUUGAGAUGCGUUGUAAAGAAAUGUCAUUUGUUAACAUAAGUUAUAUGACAAAAUGGGGUUUAAAACAUUCUAAUCAAUAAUUUGCUAAUCAAUAAUUCAAAGUAAUAAGUUUCGAGUUAAUAAAAACUCAAUUCAAUUUUCAAGCUUCGAAAUCAAAUCAGAAAAUUCAUUAAAUGAGGUGUGUUAAGUGUAAAAUCAGGACAAUAAAAAAAGACCAAACUUAUGACUAUUUUAGAAUUCGUGAAGCAAGGCAUCGAAACAACAAGCUGCCAUUGAUUUUGUUAAAAUCGUGUUGAAUUUUGCACACAAUUUUGUUUUUGGUUAGUAAAUGUACAUACCGUUAUGGUAUAAAUUACAGAUUGUUUUUUUUCAGGAAUUACAAACAAAUCAUAAAUUCCAAAAUGAUUAUCAACUUUAUACCUAAUUUCCUCACCGGCUUGUAAAUAUUGAUAUUAACUUCAUAAAAUACAUUAGAAAACAUAAUAGUCAGUGAAAACAGCUAAACUUUUUUUGGAGUAUGCACUUUUUUAGAUGUUGUCAGAAAUUGACUCAGAACUCUAGAAUUUUACGUUAUGUAAUGUAAAACUUGAUGAAUAAAAUAAAUGAUUUUUUUACGGGAGAACAAUGUCAAAGUAUGCUAAUUGCAGAAUCUGAUACUAUGAGAGAACAGAUUCUGACCCUAGGACAAAACAAAAGGUGUAGCUGGUGUAAUUAGCAAGCAUUACCAAUAUUUAUAAAUAUAUAUUUACGAGCACACCUGCAUUAAAUGAUAUGCAAGAAGUUGAGAAAAAUCUUCAAGUAUUUUUGAAUUGAACCUAAGUAUUAUUGAUUGAUGUUUUGUAAAUAGACGCCUUGUAAUAUACCUGCAGCGUUUAAAGCAGGAUAAUAGUUAAAUUUUUUAAAUAAAGUGCAUUAUUCCCCUUUAUUCUUUGUGUGUAAACGGCAAAGAGAUGCAUGUAUUGUGCCUGUCUUACAGUUGGCUGCACAUAAAUGUUUAGAGUUCGUCAAUCAAUUUGCUUCACAUUGCUUGUAAAGAAAAAUAUAUAAUUUAAAUUCUUUCUCUGAUUUUCUAUAAUGUUCACAUCACAUUUUUUGUGUUUAAAUUUCAAUAUAUUUUGAAUAAUUAUGUUUUUAACUAAGGAAGAGAAUUUUAACUAUUUUACUAAGUUUUUUA